GAACGGAAGUAUAAAUACCUCUACGAAACUCUGCGAAUGCCAGUUCUUUUUUAGAUUCUAUUCAGAGAAGUAGUACCAAUGCGGUGUUCAAUUGUUUUCAUUUUAUUGGCGAUAACCUUUGGGCGAUCUCUGUCCCAGCAUUGUGAGGUGGAUGAAUCCCAACACGAGUGCGGAGGCUACUGUUACGGAGCUGUGAAACCGGUCCUGGAUUACCUCGCCAUCCUGCAAAAGCGAGUGGAGUCCUGUGAGGCCAAGCAGCCGGCUGACACACUCUCAAAAAUCGCCCUAAUGAACGAAAAGUUAGACACUUUGGCAGGACACAUGGCAACCCAGCAGUAUUUGGAAAAAAGAUCAACGGCAAAAACUCAUGAAUUAGAGCAACAACUGGCUUCCGAACGGAAAGAAAGGGACGAAAAGUUAGACACUUUGCAGGCGAUGGAAAAGAGCUUACAAGAAAAAGUUAAGAAAUUGGAGCUAAAGCUUAAACCUAAAAAUUUAGAACUUUUCAAAAAAAUUGGUUCGAAAUACUAUUAUAUAGAAAAUACAAAAAAAACGAACUGGCAGGGUGCCCUCGAUAUCUGCCAAGAGAUGGGAGCCCAUUUGGUGAGUCUGCAAAACGAGGAUGAGUUGAAGGCAAUCGAUAGUAUAGUUUACAGUCUCUAUUGGAUAGAUCUGAAAAAACUGGAAGCUGAAGGAGAGUUUAUUUCGGCCACUACUGGUGUCAAAGGAACAUUCUUUCAUUGGGCGGGAAAGGAACCCUAUGGUGAAAACUGUGAUUGCGUCUAUUUACUCAGAGGUGAGAUGCGCACCAAUCUAUGCGGUCUCACAUUACUUUACUUUAUUUGUGAGGCAUAUUGGGUGGAUUAA